UGGUGUGUGGCUUCUCUACCGUGUCUUCAUAUGCUGUACCACAGUAUAGUCUUCCUCGCCGAAUAAUAUGGGAAACAGAGCAGUUCUGGGGCACCAUUGACUUCCAUAGUAUUUAUUUUUUUCCUACUAUGGAAGUCAAUAGUGCCCCAAAACAGCCUGGUUACAAACUUUCUUCAGAAUAUCUUCCUUUGUGUUCAGCAGAACAAAGAAAUUCAUACAGGUUUGGAACUACUUGAGGACCAACAGGACACACUUCAGGACAAGUUUAAGUACAUUGAAAUGAGAAUGAACUGGACUAAUGCUCAAAUUCACUGCAAAACACACUACGUAGACCUGGCUGCCAUUACAGACGACACGGAGAACAAGUUCCUAGCAAACAAGCUUUCUUCACAGAGCCUCAGCGAUGCCUGGAUCGGCCUGUACAGGGUCCCAUGGCUGUGGUCGGAUAUGAGCAAUGUAUCGUGGUUCUCUGUGAAAUGGGAGUCUGGGCAGCCUGAUACCGUGAAUGGAAACGAGUGUGCGAGAGCCGAUACUGAAGGACUGAUGGCUGCAGACACCUGCUCGACUCCACUGCCUUUCUACUGCCACGAAAACAGGAAAAUACAGCGUGUGAGAUUCACCGUCAAAUCAGACGGACAUCUGGAUGAAUCCACAGUGAUGGAGGCCAUAGAGAAGAAGAUGAAGCAGAUCCUCUCGGAUCAGGACAUGAAAAUCAGAUCCAGCAUAACAUGGAGCGUCCAACCUGACGAGAAGAUCUUCCAGCGCCAGAAAACACAAUAAAACACACAAGAGACGGCAUGUGAGGUGUUGCAUGCAAUGAAACGCUAGACUCUGACACACGCGAUAACUUGUCCAAACAUUUAUGAAUCUUUAAGGUACAGACAUUUAUAAUAACUCAUAGAUGUUUAACACCAUCACAUUUUAGUUAAUUCAUUGGUACUGUUAAUGAUUUAAUGCUUUACAUACUGUACAAAAACUUACAAAUGAGAAUAAGAUCAUCCUGUAUAAAAGUACAGGACAAAUGCAUUUCAAAUGUUACUUUCUCAUGAUUUUAAUGAAAACAAACAUUUAGUGCUCACACAUGCAUUGGUUUGAGUCCAUAAAUGCAGAAUUUAAAAAAGGAAAAAAAAGUCUAGUCUAGGUCUCCUCUAAGUAGUUAAAACAUUAUUUGUGUAUUAUUUUGGAACAAGUUGCAGAAAUCAUGACUUUGAAAUCUACUGUGUGUGUGUCUUAAUCACACAAUCAUUUUAGCAAAUAGUAAACACAGAAAUGUAAGUAAAUAAUAACAUGAUGGAAUAUAUUAUACAUUACAUAUAUUAAGUACAGCAAUCUUUCAUUAAUCUGUCUUUGAUAUGCUGUGCAAUCGAUUCGAAGACUGAAAUGCACAGCAUCGUGCAGUUAAACACUGAGAUUUGCAGUUACAUUAACAAUUCCUAAUGAAUGUUAAAGAUAUUUCUAUUAGUCCUAUUAAUCUCACUCGAUUUUGGUACAAAACUAGAAUGAAUAUCUUCCGUCAUUCUGUUCUCAUCGAUUUAAGAAUAUUUAAUUUUACUGAAAAACACUGAGGAAGAAAAGCUUUUUUGCAGUUUAAUGUAAAUACUAUU